AUGGCACCGCCAGGGUUUCCAUCUGCAUCUCACGAUGGUAGAUUAGAUAAGGAGUCGGACACAUUUACCUUCGACAAUCUACGAGCCAUACAGCACAUCGAAGAGAAGGCACAAGAAGCCAUGCUUGUGCUGAAGCUGAACACCGAAGUUCUUGAGCAAUUGAGACUGCACUAUGACGAAGUAGCGAAGCAUGCCGAUUUCCCACAAGAUGUGAAGGAUGAGUGCAAAGCCAAUCUCCAUCGAUUCAACAAAGGCAUAGUUGGAGUGGAGAAAGAUAUGCACAUGCUGCGGUCACGGACUGAGACGCUAUUACACCUCCUGGCUAACCGGAAGAACUUGUUGAGUGGCAUAUUGCAGCACCGAAGCUCCAAAGCCAGCGAAUUCUACGCAAAAGAAUCUCGAGAGUCCGCCGCUCGCAUGGAAAUAAUGACUGUGAAGAUGCAAGAUCUUGCCAUGAAGACGAAGCAAGAGACUGUGUCCAUGAGGGUGAUUACCACUGUGACCCUCUUCUUUCUUCCGGCAACCUUUAUCGCUACUUUCAUGAGCACCGAUAUCCUCAAAUUCCAAGAUGGUGAACAAGACCUGCAAAUGCAAGGCCUCCGGCUAUAUCUGAUGAUUGCCCUCCCUGCAACAGCUUUGACCUUUGUCGCAUGGUACUUCAUAUAUUAUUUCGCUCGAAGGGAGGCUCGGUCGAACGAUCGGUCCGAGGCUAUUGGGGAGGCCUGA